ACUAAUCUCGAGUCUAUUACUGUAUCAACAGAAGAAGUUAGUUAUCUUCUAUUAAACCUCUUGACGGACAAAGCCACUGGACCCGAUGGAAUAUCUGCGAGAUUGUUGAAAAAAUGUUGGAACGAAAUUGCUCUGUCUUUAACAGCGCUACGCAACAAGUCCCUUUCUCUCAGUAAAGUUCCUCAGGAAUGGAAAGACGCUAAUGUAGUUCUGGUUCCUAAGAAAGGUGACAUUCAUGAAAUCAGCAAUUACCAACCGAUUUCCUUGCUCUCCUUAGUUCCAAACUUUCGGAACAAGUUGUUCAUAUUUACAUGUCUGAGUUUGUUUAAUCCUCGCUAA